CUUGAGCAUCCCCAAAAUUCAAAUCUAUCAAUCAUCCACACCCAAAUUUCGAUCUCCCUUAACAUCCAGUAUUAGGAAUUUAUAAUUUAUAGUAUUAAGCUUAAAAAUGGAUGAGAACAUGGAUCAAAAGCGUUUGAUUAUUAAAGAGAUAAUUCAAGCAAGAGAGCUAGUAAAGGAACUUCAAGCUCAGCUCAACCCCUCUUCUUUCUCUGGUCAGGACUUGAUAACGAGAAUCUUAUGUUCCGUUGAGACUUUUCUCUCGAUGCUAGAACGAGUAAAGAUGGAGAACCAAUCUUGGCCGGAAUCUCCCUUGGGUUAUAUAAGUGGAAGCCCCAAUUCUGAUCUCUUCCACGGCGGUUCACGAAAGAGGAAAGGGAUUGUGAGAUGGACGGAACAAGUGCGUGCUUCCGCACAAACGGGACUCGAAGGACCCCUAGACGAUGGAUACGACUGGAGGAAAUAUGGGCAGAAAGACAUUCUUGGAGCUAAGCACCCUAGGUGAGGAGCAAUGAAAUUCAAGAGUCACCAAUUAGUAUAAUUGCGAAAUUUGCUUUUGGAUGAUCUCUAACAAGUGGAUGUCGUUAUUGAUUAUGCAGAGGUUAUUAUAAAUGUAGUCAUCGAAAUGGUCAAGGUUGCUUAGCAAUGAAACAGGUUCAACGAUCCAAACUAGACUCAUCCAUCUUCAAUGUUACUUAUAUUGGAAAACACAGUUGCAUUGGAACAUCAGAACUACUUUCAGAGCAAUAUUCACCAAUUAAACAAGAGCAUGAUCAGCGUCAUCGCCCAAAUUAUCAUCAAGAGCAAAGGGAGGAUAUAUCAUUUGAAGAGACGUACAUAAAUUUCCAAACAUCAAGUGUUCAGGUUGCAAAAGACAAAGAUAAGCAAUUUGAGUGUUUUCCUUCUUUUUCUAUCUAUUCUACUACUUCUCUGCAACCCAAUGUUGGUAAUUCCUCAGAGACUAAAGAUAAUCAUUUCUUCCCUCCUUCAGUUAAACCUGAAAUUCAUUCUCCUAGACCUAGUCCUACUCCAAGUCCAAGUCCGACAUUUAUAAAUUCUCCCGCUGCUUCAGAAUCCAACUACAAAAUGAACAAUAUUGAAGUUUACAAUAUUGGUGAAGAUUUACUACAAACUACUGCUGAUUCUCAUGAUGCUAAAGAUCAAAUGAUUAUUUCACCAACUGUUAGUGCAACUUCGUCCGCGAAUAAUAGUUGCUCGAAUCUCAUGGACUCUAGCUGGGAAUGGGAUUUCCCAAUAGAUUAUAGUCCUCCACAAUUCUAAUAAAUUUAAGUUAAUCGGGAAUGUACUGCACACUAGUUUAUCAGCUGUAAACGCUAUCGAUUCAAAAAAAUCGGUGUGUCGAUCGUCUAUUGUAGUACUUGACGGCAUUUUUGAGACAUGGUGUCUUUUUGUAUAGAGUUUGAGCAACAGUUAUG